AUUUAAAUCUAUCGGCAGACCCUUGAUAAAUUACCCGAUUCCAAGUAAAACUAACUAGGAAGCAGGUAAGCCACAAAGUCAUUGAAUCAAAAGCUUGAACAAUGGGAUGUUGUACAUCAACUCAAGUCAAGCCAGCAGACGAACACAGUGAAGUCUCAAAGGUUCACCGCAAAACGACAUCGAACCGGGAACAACACAAACGAACGGAUGCCUUUCAAUCGAUCGAUGUUCAUGCGUUAAAGGCGCCACAGAAUGUCAAAAACUCCGUUGCAAGUUUGGUUGAAUAUCUUGUCCAAGGAGCGAGAACUGACAAGGAGAAAGUUCGAGCUUUCUAUGUUUGGAUUGCAAACAAUAUCAGAUAUGAUACUCAUGCUUUCUUCAGCGGAAACUACGGAGGAGUUGAUGCUGAUUCCGUUUUGAGAAGUGGGGCGUCUGUGUGUAGCGGUUACGCUAAUCUCUUUGAAGCCUUUUGCAAAAUUGCACAAAUACAGGUGCAAGUUAUUCAUGGAUUUGCCAAAGGCUAUGGCCAUUCCCCAGAAAAGCACUUUAGUCCCAAUACCGACACUAAUCAUGCUUGGAAUGCGGUCUACUUAGAUAACAAAUGGGAAUUUAUUGAAUGCACAUGGGGUGCAGGUCAUCUUAGUGACAGUGGGGAGUUUCAGAGAGAAUUCUCCAAUUUCCAUUUUUUGCCAAAUCCAAUUCAUUUCAUUGUGGCCCACUUCCCUUUUGAUAACAGCAUCACGGACUACAGUAAGAAAUGGCAGCUGCUUAAAACACCAAUGUCUCUUGAAGAAUUUAAUAGAAACAUUGAACUCACACAGAGUGCUAUGGAAUGGAAUAUCAAACCGAAGUCGCACAGGUACGGAGUGGUAGAUGUCAAAGGUUUUGUUGAAAUUGUCAUAGAAGACAAGAAAGGACAGCUAUGCGAUACUUCCUUUCAUCUCUGGGAAAAACAGAGUGGGAACAGAAUAGAAGAAUAUGGAUUCCUGAGAAAGGAAUCUGCCACUGAAAUCAAAAUUACACUUCAGCCGCCAAAAGCGACAAUGUAUAGUGUUAGAAUAUUUGGUAGGGUGGAUCCAUCUCUCGAGAAACUGAACGAUCUGAUGACCUUUGUUAUCAACUGUAGAGAGACGCGCAAAACCAGUCCCUACCCACGGCUAACUAAUCAAUGGGGGAUACAACCGGCGGCAUUUGAUCAUGGAUUGUUGAAGUGGAAUCAGUAUAAGAUACCUGCGAUUCUGAGAAGCACAAAUGGUCGGGUGGAGCUGACUUUAAAGACAACCAGGAAUAUACCCACUCUACUUAAGCUAUCACACGCCACUAAUCAAUUCCCUAACGGAGAAAGAUUCACUCUGGUCACAGGUGGAAAAGACUUUCUGGAUAUAAAACUUAGACUUCCAUAUACCGGAUAUUACAAAUUGCAGCUCAUGUUCAAACGAGAGAAAAGCAGUGAUGACCUGUACCAUGGCAUGGCUAACUUUCUUGUCGAGUGUGAGAGCGCAGAUGAAGAUUGCAUCCCUUUUCCUGCAACACAUCCACAUACCCAAGAAUAUAGCUGUUCGUUAAUCGAGCCCCUUGAUGGAAAUUUACCGGCUAAUAAAUCAGUCAAGUUCAGAUUUAAAUCUUCGGUCGUUAGAAAAGCUAUUGCAGGUGACGAGCAAAUGAAACAUAAUGGCAACGAAUGGUCAGCUGAGAUCAGAACCCCAGGAGCUGGACGUACUGUCGAUAUCAUGGGAACAAAUGUCGAUGAAAACAAAUACUGGGGUCUUUUUACUUUUGAUGUGAUAUAAAAAUGCUGAAAAGUUUCCUUUUUAUAGAAUAUAAUUGAAAUAAUUCAGUCAACGCAGUUUGAUACUUUGGUUUAAUUGACGUUAAAACUACUGCAUGAACUUUGUAGCAAAUAUUAGAUUUAUGUAGGAUUAUCUGUAGACACCUAUAGUGUACCAUCAUAUGAAAUAAAAAUAUUCUCAUGAUGUCUACACCGCCAUCAUUCAUACGUCCAAUGGAAUUAAAACUGUUUUAAAUUCAAUAUUUGUGUACAUAUUGUAGAAAGGAGAAGGUAAGUUAUAUGUUUAUUUAUCAUUGUACAUGUACAUGUAAUAUACAGAAAAUAAAUUGAUUCAAUCCGUCCAACUACCCAAAA